AUGGAAGGCCAAGAAAAUGUUUUGUUCGCUAUUGUUUCAGCGAAGGUACCGGUGACAACAGAUUUCGCCAAACACGGAUCUACUUCCAAGGACGAUAUUGAUAAAUUUUACCAAAUGAGUAAAGGCUAUGUUGAAUGGGAUGGAGAUAAAUUCGUUCCCAAACCGCUAGCUCUCAGCAAAAUUAAUCUUACACAAUUGCGUGAAAGGCAUUUGUUAAAAGAUCGUAAAGUGAUCAUUCGUUACUCGAUCGCUGUCUUGUCCAUCCCCAUUAAUUUUGUACAAUACCGUGGAUUGACUGUCACUGACGAAUGGCGAAAUUUGAAGGACAAGUUAAAAGAAACAAGGACCGCUCUUCUGAAUUUGAAAAAGGACUUGAAUGGUAGGAACAUUGGACUUUAAGAACUUUUUCCUGAUUUCUAAAUUUUCCUGAUAAAUAUUACUGGACAGAGAGAACAAAUGCCAUCGAGAAUAUUGGUAGGAUCCUAAUGUCCUGCGCUGAUCUCCGUCAAAUUGGACAUAAAAAAAGUGGACUCUUUUCGAUUAUGGGACAAAAAAAGAUGGAAACUGUCCACUGCAAUUUUUCGAAGCAAUCUAACGAGGAAGGUAUUGCUAGAAAAAAUAUAAAUAUAAAUUAAAGCUGCUUGAAUCGGCAUGUGUGUACACAAUAAUAGGUUUUCAGAAAUUGAUUGGUUUCGUUGACGUCAAAUCUUCUCCCGUUUACUUUCAUGCGCAGAAGACUUCAAGUUACGCAAGAAUAAACACCGCAAUCCCGUUUGAGGAAGCA